ACGAGUUAUAUUCCAAAUGCAGAUUGCUUUCCCAAUGUCCAUUGCGGAGACUCGCCAUAUUGCAAGUGGCUUGGAGCUUCGGGGCUGUUUACAUCGUGGGAGGGAGGAGAGAGUGCUGGCGGACCGAGUAGCUCGGUCUCCCCAUUACAAGGACGUGAUGGCACAAAUUGUGCAGACCAAUGGAACCCAGCCUCUCAGCAAAACAUGGGAGCUCAGUUUGUAUGAACUACAACGAACACCACAGGAGGCAAUCACAGAUGGCAUGGAGAUCGCAGUGUCACCAAGAAGUCUCCACAGUGAGCUGAUGUGUCCAAUCUGCCUAGACAUGCUGAAGAACACUAUGACAACCAAAGAGUGUCUCCAUCGUUUCUGUGCUGAUUGUAUUGUUACUGCCCUCAGGAGUGGGAACAAAGAGUGCCCGACCUGCAGGAAAAAACUGGUCUCCAAGAGAUCGCUGCGGCCAGAUCCAAACUUUGAUGCUUUAAUCAGCAAAAUCUAUCCCAGUCGAGAUGAGUAUGAGGCCCACCAAGAAAGGGUGCUGGCUCGCAUCAGCAAGCACCACAACCAGCAGGCUCUGAGCCACAGCAUUGAAGAAGGACUCAAAAUGCAGGCACUUAAUAGAGCGCAGAGGGUAAGAAAGCACCAGGCUGAGAACGGCAGUGGGGCAGAAGAUAACGGGGACAGUUCACACUGCAGUAAUGCCUCCACUCAUAGUAACCAGGAGGCUGGACCUAGUCAGAAACGUGCAAAAACGUCAGAUGAUUCGGGGCCUGAUCUUGACACCACGAAUGAGAAUGGAACAGGGGAUCCUGAUCCAGUAACCGAUGGAACUAAUGAAAUCGAACUGGUCUUCAGGCCUCAUCCUACGCUGAUGGAGAAAGAUGAAACAACACAGACCAGGCAGGUCACGGUUGGUGUUCAGAGGAUUGUGGGCCGUACACCGGUGUCCAGAAAACGGUACAUAAAGACAACAGGAAAUGCUACAGUUGACCACCUGUCCAAGUAUCUGGCAAUGAGAUUAGCCUUGGAAGAGCUCAGGAAAAAUGAAGAAGCAAACCCAAUGAAUGUGGAGACUGUCAGUGAGAAGCAGUACACCAUAUACAUUGCAACGGUGAAUGGCCAGUUCACUCUCCUGAAUGGCUCCUUCUCUCUCGAGCUUGUUAGUGAGAAAUACUGGAAGGUCAACAAGCCAAUGGAACUGUAUUACGCACCAACCAAGGAACACAAGUAGAUGACAGCAUGAGGUCCAUGUCAGAUAAAUGGAAAUGGUGCUUUUGAUGGUAGUGACUUGUUUGUCUUCCAUGCAACAGCAACCACUAUCAAGAGAUGUUCUGUUGAAUAAAAGCCUGUCACAUGUUCAGAUAUACAGAUCUGUGGCAUGCAAAUCACAACUGAAUAAUCAUGGGCAAGAGGACAGUUUCCCAAAGGGUUCUUUUACCUUGUCGUGAUAUUGUGGACACCAACUUGAAUCCAGGAAGUAGAAGUUUGUAGCGUGCUGCAUUUCUGUUUCUUGGUUUAUGGAAUACAUAACAGUACAAGGGAUCAAUUUUCUUUGUCACUAACAAAUUUGCAAAUUUAUUGUAAAAGUCCUAAUUUUUACAAUAAGAUUUUGUUGUGAAAUUAUUUUCUUCUGUUCAUGUAUCUCCCAGUUGGCUCUGCGUACUCUGUAUUGACACCAUAGCACCACUGUAUUCCUUCAAUUUAAUUCCUUCACUUUUGACAAUAGGUGAAGGGAAUAUUGCAGCCAAGUUCAAUCUUUUGCUUCUGCCACUUCUAGUAGAAGCCCCUGCAGAGCAAUCAAAGAUAUGAAUUCAGUUGAUUUCUCUCAUACCUGAAGGUAUUAAGGCUAAUUGUUGUGGAUCGAGCUGUGUUCCAGUUGGAAUAAUCAUGUUCUGGGAAUUGAAUCUGGGGCCAUUCUAUGCAGUGUAUUAACCCACAACGUUCGUGGGAGGAAAACUAAAUUAUUAUUUUCUUUGAAGGCAAGUGUCCUUUUUAACAUUGCAAAGCUAUGUUUUCAAACAAACUUCUACUAUUCCAAGCUGAAGUACUACAGGACACCAGUGCAUUGCAAACACAGAUAAAUAUAUUUUCAGUGUCUUUUGAUUUUUAAAAAAUCAGUUUUUCAUGUGAAAUGUAAAAUGAGUAUUUAUGUUGUCAAUCAAGUUCUGGUAGUUAUACCGUGAAACUAUGCUGUAUCUGGGCAUCUACUAAUUAUU